CUCGUAAUGGAAAACAAGGGCAGGUACCGCUGGAGAAGAAGAGAGAAGGAGAAUGAGCGAGACACGACCUGUGCCGAGGAGAGAGAGUCCAUGGGGAACGCCAGAGGAAGAGUACCGUCAACCUAAAGCACAUCGUUGUAACGAUCGAUUGGAGGACAUUAUUCACGCUUGUUUCGAGGGGAACCCAUUUAAGACUGUUCCAGGACCCUUCAAACUAUUCUGGCAAUGCAUGCGAUCUAAGCCUGGGGAGGAGCCAACAGAACCCUUCUUCUAUUUGCAGUUCGAUCCUCCAAAGAGAGAGGUGAAACUUGAAUGAAUCGAUUUAUUCGAUGUUUUAAGGAUUUCUCUCCUCCUUUUCUGGAUUUUUAUGAUCUUUAAUAGUUUUUGUUUAAUGCCGUUAUGACUAUCCACGGUUUUGUACACCGCUUUUGUUCUGCCCUUUAUUUGUUGCAAUAAAGUAAAUCAAGCAAAACCAAAAGCUUGUUAGCCCGAAUAUUCACAAUUUUAUGAAUGAGCACAAUUUUAUGAA